CUACCUCUGCAGAUCCAAACACUGUAAGGUUGCCAGGUAGGAGGAGGUAAGAUCACCACUCAACCCGACUCCGACACGUCACAGUCACUCAUGGAAGCCUCCACGGCACAGGCGCCGGCGAAGACCGCCCUGAGGCUGGCGGCGAUCUCCGGCUCGCUCCGCAGGGCGUCGGCCAACACCGGCCUCAUCCGCGCCGCCGCGGAGAUCUGCCAGGAGUCCAUCCCGGGGUUGCAGGUCGACCACGUCGACAUCUCCGAGCUGCCGUUGCUCAACACCGGCCUCGAGGUCGACGGCGGCUUCCCGCCGGCCGUCGAGGCGUUCUGCGCCAAGGUCCGCGCGGCCGACUGCUUCCUCUUCUCCUCGCCCGAGUACAACUACUCCAUUUCAGGCCCUCUGAAGAACGCGCUAGAUUGGGGAUCGCGGCCGCCAAACUGCUUUGCAGACAGAGCCGCGGCGAUCCUGAGCGCGUCGGGCGGGUCCGGCGGCAGCCGGUCGCAGUACCACAUCCGGCAGGUCGGGGUGUUUCUUGACAUCCAUUUCAUCAACAAGCCAGAGAUCUUCACCAAAGCACACGUGCCCCGAAAAAGUUCGACGAUGAUUGCAACCUGAUCGAUUCAGAGACCAAGGAGCAGCUCAGGAAGAUGCUCCUGUCGCUGCAAGCUUUCGCGCUGAGGCUCCAGGGGAAGACUGCAAGCUCUGAACCGGGGAGUUGAUGGCUCCAUUUGUUUCUUGAGGUGAAUAGUACCUACUACUUCUAGUUCAGCAACGCGCUUCGCCGCGCCCCAUGUCUCCAUCCACUCAGUUUUAUUCUAUAAUUUUUUACCCCAUGUUGACGCAAAAAUCAACACACUGGAAUUUGAGGACAA